UUAUAAUUUGAAAUUGUUAGUUAUUUUUAUUUAUUAUUAAAUUGAAGAUCUAUCAACAUGGGAUUCCAUCUGAUUGAAUAGACCAUCACAAAAUGAAUUUUAAAAUGAUUAAAUAAAAGUCAAAUUCAGUAAAACAUCCAGUGAAAAAUGGUUGCAGCAUUAAAAAAAGUGUGAAAAAAGUCAAAGGUUUAAAACUAAUUAAUUGGGACUAUUGAUUGAUUUGGUUGACUAUACUAUGGAAAAGGAGUUCAGAAACCCUGAUCAACAAAACGGAAGUGAUAGGCACGAGGGUACUUGAUUUUGAAAAUCUAGAAUGGUAGAUCCACCAAAAGCCGAAUUAGGAAAACUCGAAGUCAGAAGUAAUCUACAUUUGAUGAAUAUUCGGACAAAAAGAUUCGGUAGUGGGAAAUCUGAUGGAAAAUCAGAGGAAGCAAUGGAUUCCGAUUCUCCAAAAUCUCACUCCAAAGAAACUCGUUUUUCCAGAAAAAUAUCAGUGGGAGAUAAGAGAUCAACAUCUCCAGGAAAAAGAAAUGAUGCAGAAAAUACAGUAAUAGACAUCGACCCAUUCACAGGCUCUAAUUAUCUGGAAAAAUCAAGUAAAGAAAAUCCCCGAGUAACUCGUGCUCGGCCCAAGUUAAGAAGAUCACAAAAUGUUCAAAUUUUGGAUGUGGAAGCCGCUAAAGAUGAAAUCCCAAAACCUGUUCCAAUGAACGUUGUUGUGGAUGUACAUUGUGAAAAUGAAAUCCUUAAACCAGAUAGAGGAAGAAAAAGUGUCCAUAGCCCUUUUUCACCAGGUAGAAAAAAUGGUAUUUCCGAUUCAGAUGAGAGUGCUAAGAAGGACCAAGAGCAGGGCAGGUUUUUUGUGAAGUCUCCUAAAAAGCAGGAAUUGGAAGCUCAAGAGUCAAUCAUCAGGGAUGAUGAUGACAUACAAGAACUCAGAGAAUCUCCUUCGGCUUCUUCAAGAACUCAAGCAUUUACUGUUCGCUCCAAGGAAUCAAGAAUAGAUUUGAGAAAGAGUCUCAAAUCGUCAAAGGAAGAAAAAUCAGAAAAAUCGGAAAAUGAAGAUCAUAGCGAUUCUGUUGAACCAUCCAUCAAAGGAACUCGACGACGAAAACGGUGGCAAAAAUUGGAAACUGUCUAUUUAGCUGACGAUCCUAAAAAAAAUCGAGAAAAGCAUUGGUCUGAAGAAGUUGGCAAUGCUAGCCUUACAAAAAAGAAAUCAAAAAACUCUUUGGAUACCUCAUCUGGAAAAGAAGAUUCGCCAAAGAUACCUAAUAGAAAAAUGAUGAUGCAGGAAGGAUUUGUGAAACCAGUACCAGCUCCUCGUACAAAGACUACCAAAUUCUUAACAGAGUCCAAGUUGGCUUUCGACAACGAGGCAUUUUUACCAGACCAGGAAGAAGUUCUAAGAAUUGAAACAAAUCAGGAAAAUGCAAAAAUAAAAAUGAGUCUUGUAACUGUAGGCGUAGAAACAGUUUCAGAAUCCAAAUCCACUGUGAAGAGAAUGAAAAACCUUCACUUUCUCGACAAAAAAAUGGAAAAUAUUUCAUCUGAGCGAUCAGAAACUUCUGAUCUUGACUCAGAUGAUCGUCGCAUUGAAAAGAAAAAGAAGACUCCCGAAAAAAUUCAAGUUCUUGGGAAUUCUGAGGAAGAAUCAGAUCUUUCAAGAAAAGAGAGUUACGUUAUAAGAAAGUUGAUUCGUUCCAAAACAUUUCGAAAAACUGGCAGUGAAGACACUUCAAACUUGGAAAAUGAAUCUAGCAUCUCGCGAAAUAGUAAACUAGAAUUGCAAAGUCGGCGGAAUUCUGAGGAGUAUUCUUCUGAGAUUGAAACCCACCAGAAGCCCUCUAAAAGUAAAGUUGAAGUAAUUCGUUCGAAAUAUUCUGAUCAGGAAACAACGGUAUCAACGAACGAAGACAGUGACCAAUUUUUGGAUAGAUCAAGGCAGUCAAAAUUAAAAAUUCCAGAGUAUUCCAAAGAAAGUGCAAAAAUCGAAGAAAAGGGCAAGAGAAGAAAUGACAAAAGAAGAAAAAAAGAUAUUCACAUGAGCAGAACUAGUUCUUCAACCCGAGCUCAAGAAUCAUUGGAUGAAGACAGUGCGAGGAAAAAGAAGAGGAAGAAAAAAAAGAAGAAAGGAGAAAAAGAAGAAAAUAGGGAAAUCAAAUUUAUAUCUAUAAUUGUUCAUAAAUGUGAUAUUCUUGAAAUUGAUUAUGUAACAAGACACCCCAUGGUGAAGGUUCAUAUUGUCAACGCUAAAACAGGAGAUUAUCUGAGGAGUUUAGAAAGUGAAGAACUAACUGGAAAAUAUUUGCAGCCUGUGAUAACAAGAAAAUUCGAUUUUAGGGAGCACAGGUCAAUCAUUCCAAUGUGGGAGGAGGAAUUAAUUUUUGAGCAUGAUUUUGAAGAUAUUUUAAAAACUGAAGAUGAGCAAGUCUUGAUUCUCUUCGAGAUUCUUGAUCUUUUAAGUUUCUCUGAAGCGAGCUUUAAUUAUGAUCAGUAUGGAAGUGAAGGUUGUUGGUACAAAAUUGCCUGGGCUUUUCUGAGACCUGUAGGAACAGUAGGAAUAUUACACAUCAACAAAAAAGUUAGACUUCAAUUGUACAGACCUCGAAGAAACUUCAAAAAAUUCAGUAAAAACAAAUGCGAGGUUUACACUUGGUGGAAAUCUAAUAAACGAGAAAAAUACCCAAGCAGUCUCUUUGUGACAGUAUCAGCAGUCGAUCCUCCAAAAAUUGAACCAAUUUAUUAUGAACAACUGGCCCUAAACGAAUUGUCUGAAGUUCGAAGUGAUGUUCUAAAACCUCUAGAAAGAACCUCAGAUGAGAUAAGUCUUCCAAAAUGGUCAAGAUUGACAGCCCAGUCAUGCAAAAUACCAAACGAUUUGCUGUUUGAAACUGAAAUUUUUGAGAAUGGAUCCUUUUAUCUGGCUUUUAGCAAUGACGGAAAGCUUUUAGCAUGCACGACUUCAGAAGAUUACGAUUUUUCAAUCAUAGUUUACAAGAUUGACGAAAAGAAGAUUCACGUCCAGUUUAAGGGGCACAAAAAUUUUGUAUAUUCUCUGAAUUGGUCUCAAAAUGAUCAAUAUUUACUCUCAGUAUCUUCGGAUCAUACUGCUCGCUUAUGGGACGUACAUGAAAAAAUAAUUCAGCAUAUCCAGUUGUUGCCACAUCCUUCAUAUGUUUACUGUGGAAAAUUCGAUCCUGCGAAUUCAUCGAUAGUAGUAACCGGAUGUUACGAUCACGUUGCAAGAGUUUGGGCCACGCACCAAAAUUCCGAGACAUACGAACUCCUGCAAGAAUUGGAAGUUCACGGAGGUUUUGUAAAUUCUAUUUGUUUCCAAAAAGAUGGAAGUUUAUUGACAGCUGAUAGCGUAGGAGUGAUUGUUCUUUGGAUUAUAAAAAAGAACCGGAGGAAUCCUAUAAACAAAGAAUGGCAAAUCGCCAAAAAGAUUAGGAUUAAAGACAUUCAGGGAGUUCCAAUCAAUACGAUUGUUUUGCAUCCACGUGGAUCUAGGCUUCUCGUUCAUUCGAGAAAUAAUGGCCUGAGAUUGCUUGAUUUGGCAACAGGAGUUGUUUUGCAACGUUAUGAAGGCCUAGAAAAUAAAAGGAUUCAAACUGCAGCUUGCAUAUCACCAUGUGCAGGUUUAGUUUUUUGUGGCGGAGAAGAUUCAACGCUGAACGUUUGGAAUUUAGAAACUGGAAAGCAAUUAGCUAAAUACACAAUUUGUGAUAAUUAUAGUACAGUUUCUUGUGUCGAUUAUCAUCCCUACGAUCACGUUCUUGCAUUUUGUACUUUUGGUAGUCCUGCUUCUGUCAAACUUUUGCUAUUCGAUAAAGAUGCUUCAGGAGAAAGGGUUGGACUGAAACUCCUAGUAAAUGUAAAAUCUGGCCUUUCCACAAAUAGUGGGAUUAGUGCACACGUCUUGGAAAAUUCGAGAACUAAGGAACUUUGGAGUUCGACAAGUAAAAGAAGAAAUUUAGAAGAAUCUAUUGCAAGUUCAAGGACUUUCAAUUCCGAGGGAUCCAAACAGUCAUCAAAUUUUUGUGGAUCUACAGUUCGACUGAUUGAAAAUGAAGAUGAUGACAAUCGGAAGGAAAAUCUAAAAAUGAAGCUUCAAAGGUUCAUGGAGUCGGGGCCAAGUUUAAAAACCAGAAGUAUGCACAAAUUGAACACCAUUAUAGAAAAGAUUGACAAAAUCUUAUUAAACACUUCUUCCUCAAAAUCUCCAAUAGAUCUUGAGGCUUCAGUGCCAACUCAAGACAAAAAUAUGACACUGGUAACAACUAAUCCAAAAUUGGACCGAGGUAAACGAAAGUCAAAGGCAGUAACUUAUAGAAAUCAGAGCGAGAAUGCCUUAAAUUCGAAUCAAGAAGGUAUAGAAAUGCAGACUUUUGCACAAGAAAGAAAACCUUGGAAGGUAAGAGCGAGAAGUGCAAAAUCUUCUAGGUCACCUAGAAAAAUGGAAGAAGAAUUAUUAAAGACUUUUUCUGAUAGUGCAGUGAUUUGUCGAGGAAAAGAACUUCUCCAUACGGAAGAUCUUGAUAAAAUCAAUUUAGCUGAUGAUAUGAUAAAAAGUAGUUUGAGAAGUGUAUACGAAGAUAAAAGAAAAAAUCAAAGUUCUAGUUCAUCAGGAUCAGUUGUUUUGCACCAGUAUGGAUAUCCUGAUGAAAAACGCCCAGAGACGCCAGACAGCGAUGGUACAUAUGUUGUUGAAAAAAGUGAUCUUGAAAAAAAUCAAGAUUUACCAUCUGGUAAAAUUUUCGGAAGUGGAAGUUCGGACAGGAGUAAUGUAACUUUUACUGUUGUGAGCGAAGUACCAGUGCCUAAAUCUAGAAAGAAAUGAAAAUCACAGGUGCAAUGAGAUUUCAUUAAUUAAUAUGCAAAAGAUGAAUAUCGGAAAGUCAGAGCGAUCUCUCAAAACAAAUCAAAUAAUUGAAUUCAAAUCUGAAAUCCUUCACCUAUGACUUAAGAAUUACGAAAAACAUAUUACAGCAAUAAUUAUAAUCUAUAGAGCAAAUAUAUUAUUCAAGCUUUUAUAUACACUAGUCACGAAGGUAAAAAGUCUAGCAUGUUUGAAUUCAAUUUUUUAAAGAAAAAAAAAUUGACAUUAGAUCAGGGUGUCUACGUAACGGAUGAUUUAUAAAUUCUGGUCAUUUUCUAGUUUUCCCCGAUCAAUUUCUGAUUUUUCCAGGUCAAUUUGAAAUAAUUAAAAAGAUUGGAAUGAUUUCAAACAAUUUUUACAUAUUUCAAAAGAUUUCAAAGAUUUCUGAUUUGGAACAGGGAAUUUUGGAAUUAAAUUAUAUUUCGGAGUUGUAUACAUCAGAUAGUUUUUAAUCAUAAGAAUUACGAUUCUGAUUUGGAGCAGAGAUUUUGUAGAAGAAUUAUCAUUCUAAAUUUGAACAGGGAUUUUUUUUAAACCCUUUCUUCUAAAUAAUUUUUUUUUUUAAUUUGGAAGAGAGAAAUGUCAAAUUGUGACAAAUUCGGACUUGGAAAGAAGAUUGUUUUUGUAAAUUCUGCACUUCUAAAUCAGAAUUAAAAUUAUUUGCUAAAGUCUUAAUUAUAAUUCUUCACGCAACUUUCCUGAUCUAAAGAGAAAAUUAAUUAUCUUUCUCUCCGGAAUUUACCUGUCACAAUGCCUCAAUGUCUAAAUUAUAAUUCUUUACGAGAAUUCCCACAGCUCCAAAUCACAAUUACAUUUACAUAUUUCUAAAAAAUUUCUGUUUAUAAUUCAGUAAUAUAAUAACUCCCUUUUUCUCAAAUUCAGAAGAGGAAUGUUUUAAAUGCUGGAAAAUUUCCAUUUGCAACAAAAAAACUGUUCGAUUUAAACAAAUUUUGAAUUGAGGCGUGGAA